AUGCGGUUAUCACAAGCGACUAAAAUCUGCGCAUCAAUUGUCAAAAACAGCCAAAAAACGGGGUUCGGUCCAAACAGACUUCAUAGAAAGGGAACCCAUUUUGUCGGUACAGAGCCACCAGCAUUGAAAUAUCAUUUGCUCCAAGACAAAAAGCCAAAUGAAGAGUAUGGACUUCAAGGUACCAAUCAUGAGCUCCCAGGCACAGGAAAAGUACAUAUGAAGAAAGACAAAGUGUAUGCAUGGUGCAGUUGUGGUUACAGUGGUUCUCAACCUCUUUGCGACGGAUCACACAACUCGAUUCGAACUCCAGAUCUAAAAUUGAAGCCAGUUCGCUUCAUCCCAGAUAAAGAUAUGACUGUGUGGUUGUGCAAUUGCAAACAAACGAAAAAUCGACCGUUUUGCGACGGAUCACACAAGUUGGUAGCCGAUGAGGAUAAGAAGGCCGGACUGUUUGAUUGA